AUGCAGAAUCCAAACGCGCCACCAGGCGGCAUGCCUCCUCCUGGAGCUAUUCCAGUGCCGCCCAUGCCUCCAGGAGUGCCUCCUCUACAGCCUGGUGUGCCGCCAACCCCGGAGCAGAUGGCUGUCAUCCGCCAGUUCCAGCAGCAGAUGAACCAGAGAGUUGCCCAAGAGGCCGAGAAAGCCGGCCUGUCCGUCCCCGAGUUCGUCCAGCGCAUGCAACAGCAGCAACAGGCCAUGCGGGCCCAGAUGCUCGCAAGACAGCAGCAGCAACAGCAAGCAGGUGGACCGCAGCAGCAAGGCCAGCAGCAAGGCCAGGGACAGCCUCAGGGACAGCCCCAGGGCCCGCCCCAACAGAUGCAAGGUCGUCCCGCCGGCCAGCCGCAGCCCAUCACUCCAGGACCUCCCAACCCUGUUGCCAUCGCCCUCGCCAACUUCCUGCGGGGCCAAGACCUGAAGCUUCGCACUUGCAUCCUGAACGGCGAGCGCAAGGACAUGUUUAGAGUGAAGAGAGCCCUUCGAGCGUUGCAGUCUCCGGCAUACGAGAAGGCCCGCAAGAAGAACCCUGCGCUGCCCGAGGUCACCGACCGGCCUUCCCUCGAGAAUGCCUUCAAGCUCCUGCCCAUGUCCAUGCUGGCCCUCCGAGUCGAGAAAAUCGACCCCCAUGCCGGCCAUGCCCACCCUCCCAAGCGAACGAAGCGCGUCAAGGGUCUUUGGACAGUGCGCAUCGUGCCACAACAAGACGCUGGCGACGACAUGUACUACACUUGGAUGUACGAGGGAAGUCAGAUCAAGCGCAAGGUCUAUGCAGCCCUUGCCCUCCUAGCUAUUUUCACUGUCGUCCUCUACCCCCUGUGGCCGCUGAAAAUGCGCCAGGGUGUCUACUAUCUCAGCUGGGGCUUCUUGUGUCUGUUAGGAUUGUUCUUCCUCAUGGCAAUAUUCCGUGUCAUCCUCUUCUGCGUCACCUACUUUGUCGUUUCGCCUGGACUCUGGCUCUUCCCGAACCUCUGGGAGGAUGUUUCAUUCGUCGAUUCUUUCAAGCCUGUGUGGGCUUGGCAUGAGACUGCGAAGAAGAAGAAGAGGUCCAAGUCAUCUGUCAGCGGAGGCAGCGCGAACCCACAGGCAAAUUCAUCUUUUGCUGCUGCUACCGGCCAGCCGAUGCCGGCCAGCGCGACAACCACGGCGACGGAGACGCAGAUUGAGACAGGAGGCGGUCAAGCACAACAGAGGUCUUAUGUUGCCCCCAGGGUGGAGGAACUCGGAGACGACGAGUAG